UUCUCCGCCUAUUUCGUCCUAAAUACUGAAGCCCCAUUUCUCCUUUCCCUCUCUCUUCCUCUUCCAUUCUUUCCUUUUUUAACUCAUUUUUAUACAGAGAAUGUUUCUACACUUACCAAAUAUCCAUAUAUAGGUGACAACAUACAUAUACAUUAAAAAAUGGUGUUUUCUCGUGAUCUAUGAACAGAUAUAAUUGGAUCUACUGGAAAGAGAGAGCUCGAAGUUUCUCUUUUUAUUGAAAUUUCUCUGAAAAUUGAAAUUUUUUAUUGAGAAAGUUAUCCAGGCAUUUGGAAGAAUUUGGCUCCAAAAGUGACUUUUUCUUUGCUAUAAAAGGAAGAGAAAGCUUCAUAGAUUUUAUAAACUUUGGGAUUUAGCUUUAUAACAAAUGGCGGUCUUUUGACCAGAAUGAAUCCUCAGGCUUUCAUUAGGCUCUCAAUAGGGUCACUAGGGUUGAGAGUGCGUGGGGCAGCUACUGGUGCAAAAUCAGGGAUAAGUGCGCUAUCUUCUCCUUGUGUAUGUGAGAUCCGUCUUCGAGGUUUUCCUGUGCAGACAACAUCUAUUCCCCUGGUAUCUUCUCCUGAAGCUACUCCAGAUACUAACAAUACAGCUUCCAGUUUUUAUCUUCAAGAAUCUGAUCUGAAAGCAUUACUAGAACCUGGCUGUUUAUUAAAGCAUCACGCAUGUCUAGAGAUUGUUGUUUUCACAGGACGCAAAGGAACUCACUGUGGUGUUGGUAUUAAGAGGCAGCAGAUUGGGACAUUUAAGUUGGAAGUGGGUCCUGAGUGGGGUGACGGAAAGCCAGUCAUUCUGUUCAAUGGAUGGAUAGGCAUUGGCAAGAACAAGCGGCUAAAUAGAAACCUUGGAGCAGAGCUUCAUUUAAGAGUGAAGCUGGACCCUGAUCCAAGAUACAUUUUCCAGUUUGAAGAUAAGACAAAACUAAGUCCUCAAAUUGUUCAGCUUCAAGGAACUAUCAAGCAACCUAUAUUUAGUUGCAAGUUUAGUCAAGACCGGGUAUCCCCACGAGAUCCGUUGAGUAAUUUUUGGUCAAGCUCUAGUGAUAGCUCUGAGCUUGACAUUGAUAAAAGAGAGAGGAAAGGAUGGAAGGUGAAGAUUCAUGAUCUCUCUGGCUCGGCUGUUGCAGCAGCCUUCAUAACAACUCCUUUUGUGCCAUCAACAGGUUGUGAUUGGGUGGCCAGAUCCAACCCAGGAGCUUGGUUGAUUGUUCGCUCUGAUGUUUGCAGGCCUGAAAGCUGGCAGCCAUGGGGAAAGCUUGAAGCAUGGCGUGAACGUGGGAUCAGAGACUCCAUCUGCUGUCGCUUUCAUCUGCUAUCUGAUGAGCAGGAAUGCGCGGAUCAUCUCAUGUCCGAGAUCUUGAUCAGUGCUGAAAAGGGUGGGGAGUUCUACAUAGACACGGACAGACAGGUUCGAGCAGCAUCAAGUCCAUUGCAUAGUCCAAGAGGCAGUGGAGAUUUCACGGCACUUAGUCCUGUAGUAGGCGGGUUUGUCAUGAGCUGUCGGGUGCAAGGGGAAGGGAAAUGCAGCAAGCCCCUCGUGCAACUUGCCAUGCGACAUGUGACCUGUGUGGAGGAUGUUGCCAUUUUCAUGGCUCUUGCAGCUGCAGUUGAUCUGAGCAUCGAAGCAUGCAGGCCUUUUCGCAGAAAGCUCCGAAGACGUGCUAGCCAUUCCUGGUGAUAUGAUAUAAGUAUAUAGAUGUUUAUAUAUGUGAUACUGAUUUCCUUUUCAUGAAGCAAGCCAAAGUACCUGUAUCUCUCCUAAUUGUUGUAACAACUUGACUUGCUGUACAGAUUAAGCUUGAUCUAUACUCCUUACUUUCUUCGCUCA